AAUCGUCAUCAAAUGCGGACACCUAGACAUGCCAAUGUGACGUUGCCUGAUGAAAACUGCUCUGUUUAUCCGAGUUUAAAACGUGGGUUUGGACCGCUUUGCGGAGUCUUUAGAUUGAAUGAUUAAAUAGUUCAAAAAGCACUUCGUGAGUAGUGACCGAUCUUCAUUUUUAUUUCGUGUUUUAAUAAAUCAGGCAGUUCCUUACAUCUUUAAACGAUAUGUCUGUGUAGCCCAUGUCAUACGUUUUGCUUCAUUUUUAUUGGGUUGUACUUAAAUAUUGAGUGAAGUAGAAGUUUAUAAUUGCUGAUCUUGUGUGCGAAUGUAUUCCAAAAUCUAGUUGUUGGUUUGUUGUUUUGGUGACUAGUUUUUAUGUCACACACGCGACCAGUGACUAGAUGCUAUAUGAAGCUUAAGGGCUGUAUACGAUUGCGUCUGGACCUUAAUUUAAAUAAAAGCCUUCCCGCUUUUCUGUGAAGGACCUCGACUUGUUUUAAGUUUAGUCAUCCUCAGUAGUCUAGACCUGUGCCGUUUGUUUUUUUAAUUGACCUCACUCGGAUGAGACAAUGUCCUCCUUGCUCUUCCCGUUCGUGAAAGUCAACUUAAAACAAAUCUCACCACUCUCCGUUUUAAGACCGUGGCGAAGUAUUUUUCUUAAGAGCCUGCACCCGUAUUUAAAAUCUGCUGAACUGGCAAAUCUGCGUCUAGAAUCAACUAAAGAAGGUAGCAGGUACGCUGCACACAAGAAGAAAGCAGCUCAGAAAGACUCGAGGCGCAAUGAGCGGCAGCCUUUCUCCAGGUCCGUAUUUGCGGCCGGGACGGCCAGCAGGACAGCUGAGUUCAUGAGGAGGAAAUCAGGGGAGGACAUGGUAGAUCAGCCUGUGGCUACCAGCAAGGGCCCCAGUCAUGCUGAAGUUCCAGAUUGUCCUCUUACGGUGACAGAGUGGGCCAGUCUCAAACAGAAUUCCCUCCGUCCUCAUCAGUUUGAGGUUCAGAUGAUGAAGAGAAUGGUGGCUGCUAGAUCUAGCAUUGAUAUUGCUAAGUCCUUGCUAACAUACGUAGCUGUGGAGACCGGGACUUUGAACUAUGAGUUGCUGUUGAAGUACCUGACCCUGUGUGUACAUGGUAACUACUAUUCGGAGGUAUUCGACCUUUAUGAAAUCAUGAAGAGCCACUUCAAGACUCUUGACCCUGGAGCGUACAGCCUCUUCAUCAAGGUGUUCAGUACCACAGACCGCUGGAGGGAGUCAUUUACCAUGCUGGAGUCUCUUAGUAAGACCAUGACCCCCUCUCCGCGUAACUAUGGCGACGUCAUCGCUGGGGCCCUGCAGCACGGUGACAGCACCACGGCCUGGGCGUUGUAUGACAGACUCCUGGAACAGGGCCUGAGCCCCAAUCAGGACACGUGGCAGGCUUUGUUCAAGAGCAGCUGUUCCGAGCACAGCCAUAACGAGCGGCUGCGGGACAUCCUGCUCUUCAUGAGGGACAAUCAGCUGUAUCCGGGGGAGCCGCUGGCCCAGUGCAUCAGUUCCUGGUUUGAGAGUCUUCCAGCUGACAACUGGACGGGAAGCUGGACCACUGCGGGACCGAGUGGUACAUGCCAGUGCUGUGGGGCAGCCCUGGAGUCCAUCAGGCUGAGUGAGGAAGAGUAUGGGCUGCUGAAGGACCGCGUGAUGCGGGAUGUCAUCAUGGGACGUGACGUCUUCACCAAAACUACUCCUCAGGAGCUGGAUAGAUUCCGGAAGUUUGUGGAGAGUGUCCCGGCCUUUGACGUGGUCCUCGAUGGCCUCAACGUGGCCAAUACGUUUGGCAAGGGGAAGCAAUCGGAGACGCUGCUGGCCGUGGCGACGGAGCUGGAGAAGCAGGGCCUGAACAUCCUGGUCCUGGGCAGGAGUCACAUGCGGCGUCACAGCCACAGCUGGGACAGAGAUCACAUGACCCGCGUACAGCAGGUGGCCCACUGCUUCUUCACCGACGACAUAUCCGAGGACGACCCCUUCCUCCUCUAUGCCGCCCUUCACUCUGGGAACCACUGCAUGUUCGUUAGCCGCGACCUGAUGCGGGACCACAAGGCCUGCUUGGCAGAUGGCACCACUCGCUGCCUCUUUUUCAAGUGGCAGCGGGGGCACCAGCUGGUCGUUCACGGCUACGCACCCGGCAGGCGGAUUCGCUUCCAGAGAAUACAGAGUUACGACACCAUUUUGCAGACGGAUGGGGCUUCCUGGCAUAUACCCUACGACCCCCAAGGGCAGGACCGGUGCUCCUACGAGGUGCCCACUACCUGGCUGUGUUUAAGGAGAGCGGGAAGACCGACAAGGCCAACAGAAGCAUCCUGACACUGCUCCCUGCGUCACACCUUAGUGUACACAGCACUUGUCAGUGACAAUAAAAGCAAACCUAACCAUA